AAAAGAAAAAGAAAAAAACACACACACACUCACACGCAGUAAAAAUCUCAGAAACUGAGAACUGAGAUCUACCCCCCACCCCCAAACCCAUGCAUAUAACUCCCUUUCUCUCUCUAAUUCAUUUCAAAUUCUCCAACUUCGGUGCAGAAACCAAUUUUUGAUUCGUUUCUUCUUCUUCUUAUUUUUGUUUCCGCGUUUCCACAUUGCAUUUCCAAUUUUCGAACGCUGUAAAUUUAUUCUGGAGAAUCUAAUUCAGAUCUGCCCGUAUCGACGCUUCGAUUCGGUUGUCUCCUACUCUACCUUUUUUACCCAGUCAACCAGACGCCAGAUCCCAAUAUGAGAUCGUAAGUUAAUCGGAUUUGAAUAUUUUUCAAGAAAAAAAAUAACUGAAGCUAUAUAAAUGACGAGGGGGAGAUCAGAUGAAGCACAGAAGAAGCGGUUAUUGACUUCUGUGUGUGUUGUGGCUCUAUUUCUUGUGUUUCUCUAUGUCUAUUAUGGCUCCAAAAAUACCGGAGAGUCUGCUAUAGAGUAUGGCAGCCGCUCUUUGAGAAAACUAGGAUCAUCAUAUUUGGGUGCCGAAGAAGAUAAACAAGAUGAAUCUUCGAUUAAGUUUGGGUUAGAUGAUGGAGAAGAUGGUAUCACCCCAAAAAGCUUCCCCGUAUGUGAUGACCGUCAUUCAGAAUUGAUCCCUUGUUUAGACAGAAACCUUAUAUACCAAACUAGAAUGAAGUUGGAUUUGUCUGUGAUGGAGCACUACGAAAGACACUGCCCAUUACCCGAAAGGCGAUUCAAUUGCUUAAUUCCUCCACCACCCGGAUACAAGAUCCCAAUCAAGUGGCCGAAAAGUAGAGACGAAGUUUGGCAAGCAAACAUUCCUCACACUCAUCUUGCCCACGAGAAAUCUGACCAGAACUGGAUGGUUGUUAAAGGUGAUAAGAUCAAUUUUCCUGGAGGAGGCACUCAUUUUCACUAUGGAGCAGAUAAAUAUAUUGCUUUAAUUGCUGAUAUGCUCAACUUCUCAAACAGCAACCUAAACAACGACGGCAACCUCCGCACGGUCUUCGACGUGGGAUGCGGUGUGGCGAGUUUCGGAGGAUACCUCCUCUCGUCCGACAUCAUGGCGAUGUCACUUGCACCAAACGACGUGCACCAAAACCAGAUCCAAUUUGCUCUAGAGAGAGGAAUUCCCGCAUACCUAGGCGUACUCGGUACAAAAAGGCUCCCAUAUCCGAGCAGAUCUUUCGAACUAGCCCAUUGCUCUCGGUGCAGAAUCGAUUGGCUUCAAAGGGACGGAAUUCUUCUCCUCGAGCUGGAUCGAGUGCUUAGGCCUGGUGGGUAUUUUGCUUACUCUUCACCCGAGGCUUAUGCACAAGACGAAGAGGAUUUGAGAAUAUGGAGAGAAAUGAGUGCGCUUGUGGAGCGAAUGUGCUGGAGAAUUGCUUCGAAGAAGAAUCAGACGGUGAUUUGGCAGAAGCCUUUGACGAACGACUGUUAUUUGGAGAGAGAGGCCGGGGUUUUGCCGCCUAUGUGCCGAUCGGACGACGACCCUGAUGCUGCGUGGGGUGUGAAUAUGGAGGCGUGCAUUACGCCUUAUUCUGACCAUGAUCACAAAUCGAGAGGAAGUGGACUAGCACCAUGGCCUGCUCGAUUAACUUCUCCUCCCCCACGCCUUGCUGAUUUUGGAUAUUCAAGCGAAAUGUUCGAGAAAGACACGGAACUUUGGAGGCAAAGGGUGGAUAAUUAUUGGAAUAUAUUGAGUCCAAAAAUAAGGUCAGAUACUCUAAGGAAUGUGAUGGAUAUGAAGGCACAUUUAGGUUCAUUUGCUGCUGCUUUAAAAGAUAAGGAUGUGUGGGUGAUGAAUGCUGUACCUGAAGACGGGCCUAAAACGCUUAAGAUCGUUUAUGACAGGGGCUUAAUCGGCACAGUUCAUAACUGGUGCGAGGCGUUCUCAACAUACCCUAGGACUUACGAUUUGCUACACGCAUGGACUAUAUUUUCCGACAUUGAAAAGAAAGGUUGCAGUGGCGAAGAUUUACUGCUCGAAAUGGACCGAAUCCUAAGGCCUUCCGGAUUUGUUAUCAUCCGUGAUAAUAAAUCCGUUAUUGAAUUUGUUAAAAAAUAUUUAUCCGCGCUGCAUUGGGAAGCAGUGGGCCCCACCGAUUCGAUUUCAGAAUCGAGCCAAGAUGGAGACGAAGUGGUGUUUGUGGUUCAAAAGAAACUGUGGCUCACAAGUGAAAGCUUCAGAGAUGCAGAGUAGAGAAUUAUGGUCUCAAAUUUUCACUAAUUUUUUGGGAUCUAAGUAAUAAAUCUCAAGAGUUUGUGGUGAAAUUUAUUAUCAUUUUGUAGACAGACAAGAGUUUUUUAUUUAUUUAUUAUUAUUAUUAUUAUUAUUAAUUUUUUAAGUGUUUUUACACUUUGUAAUGCUUUAGUGUUUCAGUUUAAGCUGACAAAGCAAAUUGACAACUUCUAUUUAUUGGCUUAUUCUUAAUUGUUUGAUUUUGUCAAUUUUUUGUUGGGGACAUUAAUUUUCUGUCUAAAAUGUUGAAUAAUUUAUUGCCGCUCGA